GUUUGUUUUUUUAAGCCCGAGUUUGGUCCCACCACUCUCAGGAGAGAAGAGAAGAGAAGAGAGAGCAGAAGUCUGUUAUGGCCGGGGACGACGUGGGACGGCCCACUCCAGGGAGCAUCUGAUGAGAUUGUAACACUCUUUCCAGUGUACUUUAUUUUUUCCUCACUGAGAAUAACCUCAGUGUUGUUGGUGCAGCAUCAUAGAGGCAGCACUGUGCUCUGAUGAACAUCUUUUUGUCAUUGUUUCUGGAUUUAAUUUCUAAUCACCGGAACCGGCACCUUGGGGCCAUUGUUGAGGAAUUUUGUCAGCCUGCUUGGAAGACUUCAAACUCCCUGUUUCCUAUUUAGGAGUACGAAGACAGAAAAAAAACAUACAAAAGAAGAGUUUAUCUUGGCACGUCUGUGAUGAGCCUGAAAGGAGAAAGAGCGAGGAAGUAGUCCCAGAUGAGCGUUGACAGCUGACACCAUCCUCAAUUUCACUUGAUCUGAUUCGGCCUCGUACUUCCACUGUCAGAGAGAUGAUCUGCUGACUCCCUCUGUGAUUGGUCUCCAACAGCCAAGACUUUCUUGCCUUUUUAGGAUGUUCACACACACAUGCACACUGAGCUGAACCUUUUUUGAUUCUUCUUUUUCCAUAAAAACAAUGAACAUAUCUGUAACGCCGGGGCCGAAGCUGAACCACAGAUAGAGUUUGGUUUUAUCUCAUAAAUACAGAAGGGGAAGCUCAGCAGGCCUGAUACACUGCUGUGCUUACGAUCACUCUUGUUCUCACCAGGUGCAGCCAGUGAAACGCUUGUGUUUUGCAAUUUUUCAUCUUGGUGUUUUUAAGUUCUUGGACCUGUUUUUCCACCAUCCUGUCUUCCCUUAAAGCUUGUGAAGACACCAUUUGGAUAUUUUUACUCUCAGUUGUGACAACAUGGGGGUAUUAAACAUGCAACAGAACUUCAUUUUGUUUAUCCCUUACCUCCUGAAGUGGCUGUAUUGAUGACUAACCGAGCUCCAUCCAAUGCUUUCUGAACGUGGUGAUAAAAUGAUGAACAAAGACUCUCGCUUUCCAAGGAAGAUGCAACAAGGAGGAAUCUCCAACCGGAGACACUCGUGUAUUGGCUCCUGUAUUUUAAUGCUCCCCAGAUGGGACUGACGUUGCUGUGACAGGCUGUGACGCAGGCGGGGUGUCAGGUAUCAGGGCCACUGACAGUUUCGAUGUGGAGAAUGGCUUGUCAGUGGGACGCAGCCCCAUGGACCCUCAGACCAGCCCUGGCUCUGGUCUGGUCUUACAGGCCAACUUUCCUCAUAGCCAGCGGCGGGAAUCCUUCCUAUACCGCUCGGACUCUGAGUUUGACCUUUCACCCAAAGGUCCCUCCAGGAACUCUUCUGGUGCCAGUGACCUGGAAGAAAGCUUGAAGCACUGGGAGGUCAACUGGUUGUCAUCUCGACACACAGAAGACAUGAUUGUUACUCCAUUUGCACAGGUGCUUGCCAGCUUGAGGACGGUCCGUAGUAACUUUGCUGUCAUCACCAACCAGCAAGAUCGCACAGCCAGCAAGACGCGAUCAUCAGGGAGCAACCCGCCAUCCAUGUGCAAGACUAGCCUGGCAGAGGAGCCGCACCAGCAGCUGGCUAUAGAGACUCUAGAUGAGCUGGACUGGUGUCUGGAACAACUGGAGACUCUGAAAACUCGGCACUCUGUCAGUGAAAUGGCAUCAAACAAGUUCAAGAGGAUGCUGAACCGAGAGCUCACCCAGCUGUCAGAAACCAGCCGAUCAGGGAACCAGGUUUCUGAGUUCAUCUCCAGCACCUUCCUAGAAAAGCAACAUGACAUGGACAUCAUGUCCCCCCCAUCAAAGGAGAAGGACAAGAAGAAGCGUCCCAUGUCCCAGAUUAGUGGUGUGAAGAAGGCCACUCACAGUCCCAGCCUCGCUCCCUCCACCAUCCCUCGAUUUGGGGUCCCAGCCAGCCAGGAGGGUCUUCUGGCCAGGGAGCUGGAAGAAGUAAACAGAUGGGGUAUUGACAUCUUUAAGGUAGCUGAGUAUUCUGGGAAUCGCCCACUGACGGUCACCAUGUACACCAUCUUCCAGGAGCGUGAUCUUCUGAAGUCCUUUAAGAUUCCUGUCGACACUUUCAUCACCUUCAUCAUGACCCUGGAGGAUCAUUACCGUGCGGAUGUAGCCUAUCACAACAACAUCCACGCGGCAGAUGUAGUCCAGUCCACCCAUGUUUUGCUCUCCACUCCUGCUCUGGAGGCUGUGUUUACUGAUCUGGAGAUCCUCGCCGCUCUGUUUGCCAGCGCCAUCCAUGAUGUGGAUCACCCCGGAGUUUCCAAUCAGUUUCUCAUCAACACAAACUCAGAGCUGGCUCUGAUGUACAACGACUCAUCGGUGCUGGAGAAUCACCACCUGGCCGUCGGCUUUAAGCUCCUGCAGGAAGACAACUGUGAUAUCUUUCAGAACUUGAGCAAAAAGCAGAGACAGUCGCUGAGAAAAAUGGUCAUUGAUAUGGUGUUGGCCACAGACAUGUCAAAGCACAUGAACCUCCUUGCUGACCUGAAGACCAUGGUGGAAACAAAGAAAGUGACAAGUCUAGGAGUACUGCUUCUAGACAACUACUCAGAUCGCAUACAGGUCCUCCAGAACAUGGUGCACUGUGCCGACCUUAGCAACCCCACUAAGCCUCUGGAGCUGUACCGGGCCUGGACAGACCGAAUCAUGGUGGAGUUUUUCACACAGGGGGACAGAGAGAGAGACAAGGGCAUGGAGAUCAGCCCCAUGUGUGACAAACAAAACGCCUCAAUAGAAAAGAGCCAGGUGGGUUUCAUUGACUAUAUCGUUCAUCCUCUGUGGGAGACCUGGGCUGACCUGGUCCAUCCAGAUGCCCAGGAGAUCUUGGACACACUAGAAGACAACAGAGAGUGGUACCAGAGCAUGAUCCCCCACAGCCCCUCACCAAACCAAGGCCAGGAAGAGGAGGAGGGAGCCCUUGCUGGUGAAGCAUCAUUGCCCAGUGCGGGUGGAGGUUCCACUCCGGCUGACAAGUUCCAGUUUGAGCUGACCUUGGAGGAAGAGGGAGAGUCUGACACAGAGAGUCCACCAGAGGAAGAGGGCAGGGGGUCUGAACUCUCCAGAACUGAUUCUGGCAGCGGAUUUGACACUGUAACUCACCUGAGCCCCACAAAACUCAGCCCUGAUUCAGGCAGGACGUUUUCCUUAGACUCUGAGAGAGAAAUAAGAGAAGAAACAGAGCAAGAAGGUGUCUCGGUGGUUCCGCGCUUCAGACUUGGCACAUAGCACCAACCAAAAUGUAUGUUUCUUUUUGUCUUUUGAUUUAUUCUCUUAAUUUCGGGGCUCAUCCUCUGUCACUCCCGUUCUCCCACUCCAACCUGAACACAACCAAGUCUGGUUUCUGCAAACAGGGUAACAGAAAGCCUCGGGCUGGGGGUACAAGAGUGCACUUAGGCGUGGAAGGAGGAAUGAAAGACUGCUGUUUUACACAGCAGUCACUUGCACUGGAGAGAGACACAGACUGAGUCACUGUUCCAAUAGAGGACAGGAAACCAAGUUUCUGAGCAGUCCCUUUUGUCUCUUGGACAAACUAUGGAUAAAUCUUGCAGAGACAACAUGAACUCUGAGAAGAAGAAACUUUCCUUUUACCAGCCAAAUCAAGGUCUACUAUGAAACAGUGCUGUCUUCCUCUUUGAAGAAGUGAGGAAGAGGUGAACGGCCGUGAAAACACAAAAACGUCUUCUGAGGCAUGUUGCCAAAUUUGCAAUUUACAAGGAUAAUGCUGUUUAGCCUGCCUUUCUGUAUCAUUUUGUUUUUGCUAUUUUUUUAUGUUGCUUCAUAAAUUCAGCUCUUUAUUUGGGUCCCUACACAUUAUAAUACAGUACAGAAAGAGACAGUAAAAAGCACACUUCAAAGCAGCAAAGUAACUGCAGAAAGGAACUAUGCAUGGUUGUAUGGAGAAAAUUUUAAGUGUAGCAAACAUAUUGAGUGACUUUGAUUGUUAUUAUAAAUGUAGCACAGCCUAUUUUGUUGUGUGCAGCAGGCAGUUUUGGAAUAAGACAAUUAUAGUUAUAAUGAAGCGGCUGAUUAUACAUAUAAUUGGAGUUCUUCAAUUGUUUAAACUUGCUAUUUUAAUUUCUGAGUGCAUUAUGUCAGUGACAAAGCAGAGCCAGUGUCAGCACAGUGAUGAGAUUACAGCCAAAGCAGUGUGGGUAUGCACACAGUGCCUCCCAGUGUUGAAAAGUGGAGCUGCAUCUCUGGCAUUGAAAGUAUGGGAGAAAAUAUCAAAACCAUGUUUAAAGUGUAGGACUAUCCAGAAUAUAAGAAAUGUUUUUUUUUUAACUUUUAAGAUUUUUCAAUUAAUUUUCUUUUUAAUUUGCCUUCCGUAUUAGCACUUUAUGGUGUAGUUCAUAGUGAGCCCUCAUUGUGGUGUUUAAGGGCUUGAGCAAGAACAUGAACUUCUUGGAGGCUGUUGACUGAGAGACAGUUUGUCAUUGGCUGUCAAAAAACCAGCACAGACAUCAUGCAAUGACUUACAAUGUUAAAGUACAACUAAAAAGAAUGAAUUAAAUUCCCCUAUUAUUCCUUAAAGUGUCUGACAUGGCAGCAUCAAAUCACUUGAAUAAAAAUGGCAGUCUGGUUGCAGAUCAGAUGUGAGCAUCAUCGUUACUGUACAAAAUAAACACAGGAGGUUACUGGGUGACACUUUCCUGUGCCAUGAUUUUUCUUUUUUCUCUCUGUAUCUCUAAUUGAUCAAUAUUUCACUCUUCACAGGGACAUAGUCAAUGACAAACAAGUGCCGAGCAAGCAUGACAACCCGUACUGUAAUUUCCAUUUUGCCACUGGCUACUUUCCAUCAGUGACUGAUAACGUUGGUUGAUUGUAGCGCCCUGCGUGCCAAUUUGACCCAUAUGUCUCUGUUGCUUUUUUUUUCUAUAACUCCUACUCAAACAGUAACGAAAACUUAUAUUGUCUUAAAAAAGUGACGUGCUUUUGUGUGUGUGUGAUUGAAUGACUGAAAUGACUUUUUUGAUGUAUUUUACUAAGAAAAAACCAAAGCACUUUGUAUGGUACUUUUACAGUUCUGCACUUCUAGUACAGUUGAACACGUAUAAUGUGACUGCUUCACUGUUUUUCUUUUGGAAAGUUGAAUUGCACGGGCUGGACCACUACAGCUCCCAAAGGAUGGAUGUUGGAGGGACUGAAUUUUAGUUUUUUCUUAUUUUUAUAUAUGACUGUACAACAAAUGUGUACCGUUGAAAUGCAUGACAUGGGCGGCAGGAUUCAAAGAACAUGGAGAGAGAAUAUAGAGUACCUAUUAAACUUAGCCUGUGGAGAAACUUGUUUUAACGUAUUAACUGACUUACUUUUUUAUGCCUUAUUUUCAUUUUUUUUUUUUUUCUGGUCACUGACAUGCUGGAGUCAAACAUGUGCAAUCCUUUCUGUAGCCAUAAGCAUCAUCUAACAGACCCAUACUCAAGGAUGCCUUCAACACUAAGGACUAAAUAACAACAGCUCAACCAGCACAAAGUGUCUGUUUCUCUGCGUGUCACAUUUUGUUUGAUUGUGUAUAUUUUCCUCACAGUACUUCAUGUACAGGUUAUUUAUUAUUUCUGUAUAAUCUGUCAAAAAAGAAGAUGAAAGGGUAGACUUUAUUUUAGUCUGAGUUUAUGUUGCUUGAUGUGCAAGAAAGUCAAAUAGACAGAUUUCAACUAUAACUCAUCUUUUUCCCUUCUUUUUUAACCAUAUGCAAAAAUACUCACUGUUUGUUUUUCUUGGUAUGAAAGCUGAUGAUUGACAAAUUUCGGUCUCAAACAUCCCUCUCCUCCUGUCUUCCUGUCUCUUGUUUUCAAUGAUCCAUAUCCAUGAAGGAUCCUGCAGUUUUUGUGCUGAACUGAUACUUUGGAUCACAGUUAUCAAUUAUGGUCAUAAAGCCUCAAGUCAUCAUAGAUCAGUAUUUCUGUUCUUGAAGAUUUUAUGAAUAUUUGUCAUGAACUAAGACUGCAGCUUUGACAAUCCAAACUCUGCUGUGUUAACUGCGGGUGUGUUAGCCCUCUCUCCAUCUAGAACUGUACGCCUUGCCAAUAAAUGAG